CCCGUGCGUUGCUCCUCUUGUGUUUGCACACCGCGCGCCGCACAGUGUCCGGACACAGCUGACAGCAGACUUUGGACCAUUAUUGGUGUUGAGUGUGCGCCCGUUUCGACUGCAGUAUGUGGCCCGAGCAUGAUGGACACUGCCAUGUAUGAUUCAGUCGAGGUGAAAAAACUGUCCGGUGGUGCGACCGGCGGCGUCGCAGCAAGUGUCCACAUCAACGUAGCAGGAAACGUAGCAAAACUGGCUGCCCUCAAGCAGCACCAGCAGCAGCAGCAGCUGUUGCACUUCAACAACAACAACAACAACAACAACAACAAUGGAGGUGGCGGUGAGUUAGCCGAGAUCGGGCCUCAGGACGUGUCGCUCGAGCUGCAACAGCUGAUGGAGGACUCGCAGUUCACGGACAACAUCUUCUCGGACAUCCUGUCGAAUCAGAACAAGUACUCGCAGAUGAGCAAGAUGGGCUCGCAAGACUUCGCACCGCACCUGAGCAACAAGAACAACAACAACAACACGAACACGGCCAACCUGAACCACUCGCACGUGCCGUCGCCGCCGUCGAGCGGCCACUCGGGCUGCUCGUCGCCGUCGUCGCCGUUCAACUCGCGGGCGGCGUUGGCCUACAUGCCGCAGCCGGUGCACUCGGGGGCCUCGUACGGCAACGAGGCGAGCAACGUGCCCGCCAUCAAGGAGGAGCCCGUCGACCCGCAGGACUACCGACAGUGUCCGGGCGGCGCCGUGCCGUACGCGUCGCCGCCGGUCGGCGGCGGCUUCUCGCCGGCGGGCCUGCCGUACAGCAGCGGCUCCAGCAUCGGCAGCAACUCGAACGGACCGGUUUUCACGACGCUGACGAGCGGCAACGGGCUCGGCGGCGGCGGCGGCGGCAGCGACGGCUCGCACGUCAUGCACCUCUCGGGGCUCAAGGGUGCGGGCGGCUUCUCGCAGAAGUCGCUGCGCAAGCACGCGGCAACCCCCAACGGCACCGGCAAGCCGAUGGACAAGUCGAGCGAGGAGUACCGGCGGCGGCGUGAACGCAACAACAUCGCCGUGCGGAAGUCGCGGGAAAAGGCCAAGCUGCGCUCCAGGGAGACCGAGGAGAAGGUAAAGCACCUCAUGAACGAGAACAACCGGCUGCAAAAGAAAAUCGAAUCGCUCACCGAGGAACUGAGCAUGCUGAGGUCGCUGUUCGCCAACGUCGGCUCGCUGCCCGAGCACAUCCACCGCGACCUCGACAAGCACCUGCUGAUGCUGCAACAGCAGCACUUGGGCCACGGCUGAGACGCCCACCCGGCAUCAGGACGCAGCAGCUCCCAAUGAACGGCUCAGGGUUCUAUUGAAUUAAUUUUAUUGUGAAUCAUAGAGAGGAUAUCGUGGCUGUGUGUAUGUUACUGACUAUGCGCCGCUGGACUCGAGAGGCUCGCGAAUAGUUUCGUUCACGCUGAUUCGGCACAAUAUCGAACUAUAUACAUACUAUAAUACGUUUAUUUGAGAUAUAUCAUUUUGACAAUUCACUGAGUACGUUUAAGCAAAAAGAACUGACUCGCAGAAGCAGUGUGUGUGUACGGGCAGGCGCGCACCGCUGUCGUCGUUAUAGUCGUGUGCGCGAAAAACCCGACAGCUCAGCUGGUAAGUUGUGGCAGAUUUGGCUGGCGAGUUCACUGAUUCCGUAAUUUCGAGCAUUCGAAGUGUGAUAAUACGAGAGAGAUUUGCAUACAAUUUUACAAUAUUGUCCAAAUAUCAAAAUGCCAGUAGUUGGAGAGCGUCAGUCAAAUGUUUGCCAAAACUGUGCCGCCGCCCCCCCACCCUCCCCUCGGCCCCCGCGCGACUCGUGUGUUGCCCCCCAAUUUUUCGCUCGCUCGCUCGCCCGCAAUGAUAAUUUUUUGUUUUUGUGUAGACGUACAUGCAAAACACGAAUGAAUACGAGCAUUUUUCAGCUCUAGAGUGUAAUAUUUAAAUGUGGUGUUUAUCAACAUUGUAAUUAUAAAAAAUAGUCGUAGCUAAACACACUGGCCAGCGAAUCUCCGGCAGAUGGAAUGCUGGAAAACAGGCUCCAGCGCACACUGCACACACACACACGUGUCGCACCUGUUUUCAGGCAUGCAUGCGCCCGAGAUGUCGCGCGCGCCCUCUCAGAAUGACGUAGUUGUGAAUUAAAUUUUUAAUUGUUCAGCAGUACAAGUUUCCGAAUUUUAAUUGCGCGCUAACUAAGACUUUUUCAUUGUUCAAAAGAUGCGAAUCAAUCACUUUACACACACAAAAAGUUUCCGGUCCAAAAUUGAUGUCGUUCAUUGCAAAUUUGUGAUCAUGAUCAAGAUGAGAAAAUAAGUAUGUAUUUAAAAUUGGUGAUCAUAUCAUACGUGUAUAUUGUUGUAGUAAUUCAAUCCAUUCAUAUUUCGCAUUCUACGAAAAACAAAAAUAUAAUGAUGAUGAUGAUGAACAUAUAUUUUCUAAGUAUUUGAUCAAAGUGUAUUUGAAAAAAUUUGCUAGCAGAUUUUACAAUUUACCAAAUGACGAGAAGUAAGAAUAAAAUAAAAACAUUUUGUACAGCAAAUAUAUAAAGUUUUCAAAUAUUAUGUCCUUUUUCCAUCUACAUUGUAUAAAUGAGAAACGCGAUCGCACUUAAGUAUGGAUUAUCAUUCUGCUGGACAGACUUGACGUUAAUAUCUAUCUCGCGGGGCUGGUAAUUAUAAUCAAAUAGUUAACAUCUCGCGGUUUUUUAUUGAUCGUCUGUUGCCAACCAUUGAACCGAAGUAUUGUGAAGUGGAAUUUCGAGAAAUUGGGGGUCACGGCGCUUUUAUAUUGCGCCCGCACCAGUAGAUGAUAAUUUCUUUGAUCUAUAUAGAACUGAUUUGACUCCGGAGUACAACACAAUAUAUAAAAGGAAACAAUCAAAUUUUGUAAAGAAAAUCAGCAAAUGUGUCGGUGGAUUGAGUUUUUAUUAUUGGUCGCGUCCCUCAGUCGGAUCAAAAUUAGAUUAUAAUUAUAUCCACCCACAGCCGCACACGAAUAUGUAAUCGAUUAGGAAUAAAAACGAUUAAAUUUCCGGGACGUUUUGAGCCCACGAACGCAAAGCUCCGGGGUGCAACAAUUGCUAUAAUAAUGCGUCAAUGGUGGAAAAUCUCGCGGAGUGGAUAUCUCUCAUUUUUUCUAAUCAUUCAGCCUAAUAUUGUGACACAAUGUAACCAAUCUGUGAAAGUAUCCAAACGAAAACCAACAUCUUACAUGAGAAUCGAUUUUGUACAGUAUUUUGCAGUAGUGUUUACGAGAUGCACAUUCACACACACACUUACACACACACAAAUCGCGAGGGCGUGCAGUUUUUCAAUCAAUUGUUCGCAUUCGGAGAGAACAAACUACAUUAGUUGCUAAAUUUGCGGUUUUCCGCGACACUGGACUACAAAUUGAACGUGUAAAAGAUGCCACACGUGCACAGCCCUCGCCUACACCACCCACACACACACACAAACACACAAAACACGACACAUGUAACUUUAUAACAUUGGUAUAGUCUCAUAAUUGUAUACACCACUGUAUUUAUAUACCAUUUAUAAAUGAUGAAUGUGCGUGCGCGGAGAGAGAGAGAAAGAGAGAGAGAAUUUGCGCUGCACUCUCGGCCGCUUCUCGCAAACAGACCUUUACGAUGAAUUCUCUGUAACCGCGCGACUUUUGCUGAUGCUGGAUUACCGUGUAAUUUAUUUCUUUUCGAUUCCUGUGCUUAUUAUUAUUAUUCUUAUUAAUGUACAUAGACAACCAACCCCACAUACACAAGCGUAAUUAGGAAACAAACAAACCAAUGCCAUGGUGAGUGUUAACCUUUGUGUGACAUGUAAACAAAUUCAUCAGUGCACAAAUAUAUUUUGAUACAAAAUACAA